AAACGAACAGAGCAGUUGAGCGCAGUUAAGUGACAGUAAAGUUUCGUACGCGCUGUGUUCGUUAAAGUGCCUUUUGCAAUACACAAGUACCGCAAGUGUUUUUGACCGAUUUUUUUACCAUGUCGGACGAAAUUGCAGAAAACGGACAUCUCGAAGACGAUGUGCCGGAAAUUGAACUCAUCAUCAGGGCUUCAACCAUCGACGGCAGACGUAAGGGUGCCUGUCUCUUUUGCCAGGAGUACUUCAUGGAACUAUACUUACUAGCCGAGUUGAAGACGAUCAGUCUGAAAGUGACGACGGUGGAUAUGCAAAAACCUCCCCCGGACUUUCGCACUAACUUCGAAGCCACCCCGCCUCCUAUUCUGAUCGACCGAGGGAUGGCGAUCUUGGAGAAUGAGAAGAUCGAGAGGCAUAUCAUGAAGUCCGUGCCUGGUGGUCAUAAUUUAUUUGUACAGGACAAAGAAGUAGCCACCCUAAUAGAGAACCUCUACACAAAGUUCAAGAUGUACGUAACGAAAUUCGAAUCGCCAGACACUAAGGAGGCAAGUCAACCGUUGCUCUCGCAUUUGGAACGCAUCAACGACUUCAUGGCGAAACGGAACACCAGGUUCUUGACGGGCGACACGAUGUCCUGUUUCGACUGCGAACUAAUGCCCAGACUCCAGCACAUCAGAAUCGGUGCUAAAGCGUUCAGGAAAUUCGAAAUUCCUACCAGAUUCAACGCGCUGUGGAAAUACAUGUCAAACAUGUACGAACUGGAGGCUUUCCGGCAAAGCUGUCCAGCGGAUCAAGAUAUUAUCAGCCACAUCAAAAAUCAGCUGGGAUUGAGAACGACGGCCAGAAUAGAACUCGAAACUCCAAUUUAUACAACUUCCAUUCCUAUCCUAGAUUCAUAAGGCUCGUGGGAGAACGUUACUUUGUAAACAAUAGAAAUGCUAGUCAGGAAAAUAAGGAAAGAAGAGAAUCGAUUUUCCUAUCGGUUCUCUGCUUUAACGCGGCAUUCUAUGUUUGCAAUCAGCAAAAUGAUAUAACGGUAUUAUUGUAAACACUAAUGAAAAAUUUUUAUACCAAGUUUGAGUUUUUCCUGUACAUAUUUGCAGUUUUCCGUUAGACAGGUUGUUUAAGCGAUUGUUUUGGUUUUUUUUUUUUUUUUUUUGGAAAACUACUUUAGAUUUUUGUUAACGAACCAUGUUGAAGUUACUUAAAGUUAAGUUUUCGCAAGUAUUGGAUUUAUAUUUUGCUACAUAUUAAGUGCUAUGUAGGUUAUUUGUAUUUUUAUCUACUUGUCUUGGCUGUUGGCUAGGUUCAGGAUUGACUGGCGCCGAGUCAACAGUUAGGGUCGACUAAACAGUAUAUUAAAUAAAGGACUAAAAAGUCAACUUGUUUAUUUGUUAUCAAAUAAAUUA